GCGCUUUACGGCAAAGCUCAGGCAGAUCCGCGUUUUUUCUCUCCCCAAGUCUCUCUUAAAUAAUUUCUCUCAUAAAUCCAGUCUGUCCUUCACCUGUUCUAACUGUGCUGCACUCACUGCAUCUUCAAUUCACUUACUCCGGUUUCCUCUUCGAUCCAAGGUGCUCCAAUAAAUGGCAUUAGUUACAACUGCAGAAAUUUGUGAUGCAAACCCACAGCUAAUAGUGAGUGGUGAACUCCGGGCACUUCAGCCUCUUUUUCAGAUAUAUGGCUGGCGCCAAGUGUUCGCUGGACCAGUAGUUACUCUUAAGGUUUUUGAAGACAACGUAUUGAUUCGUGAGUUUCUCGAGGAGAGAGGCAAUGGCAGAGUUCUUGUCGUAGAUGGGGGUGGGAGUCUGCGGUGUGCUAUUCUGGGUGGCAACCCUGUUGUACAAGCACAGAACAAUGGAUGGGCAGGAAUAGUUGUGAAUGGCUGUAUCAGGGAUGUUGAUGAGAUCAACGGUUGUGAUAUCGGUGUGAGAGCUCUCAACUCUCAUCCGAUGAAAGCCAAUAAGAAAGGGAUUGGCGAGAAGCACGUGCCAAUAACCAUUGGUGGGACACGGAUCUGUGACGGGGAAUGGCUCUAUGCAGACACUGAUGGCAUCUUGAUUUCUCAAGCUGAAUUGUCUGUCUGAGACUGUUCACAGGAAAUGCACCAAAACCGCAGGUACUUUGCCCUGUCAAGCAUGCCCCGCCCUCACCCCUGUUGUUGUGUUAUGUCAGUAGUUGCUUGUGUUCCUGAGUGAUGAUGAUGAGUAGUUUGCUAAUUUUUUUUAAUUAUCCUGUAAUAAUUGCUCCAAGUGUGGUUUCUGGAAUCCAUCGUGAUAAGAAUAAUAUUAUUUAAGUGAUUUAUGAACCUAUUUCCAAUUCA